CCCCGGUCCGGGGCCGGGAAGCGGCGGAUCCGGUUUGACCAGGCAGCAGGUUUGCUGGAGGGAUCGCGGGGAGCCCGGGGCGGCGGCAUGGUGGGUCCGGAGAAGGAGCAGAGCUGGAUCCCCAAGAUCUUCAGGAAGAAGGUGUGCACGGCGUUCAUAGUGGACCUCUCGGAUCCCGGAGGGACCUUGUGCCAAUGUGGGUGCCCGAGGAGUGCCCACCCAUCUGUGGCUGUGGAGGAUGCCUUUGGGGCAGCCGUGGUGACCAAGUGGGACAGUGAUGUGCAUACCACGGAGAAACCCACUGAUGCCUACGGGGACCUGGACUUCAUGGGCUCUGGCCGCAAGCCCAGCAACUUCCUCCGGCUAUCUGACCGCACAGAUCCAGCCACGGUUUAUAGUCUGAUCACCCGCACUUGGGGUUUUCGUGCCCCGAACCUGGUGGUGUCUGUGCUAGGGGGGUCAGGGGGCCCUGUUCUCCAAACCUGGCUGCAGGAUCUUCUACGACGCGGCCUAGUGCGGGCUGCGCAGAGCACAGGGGCCUGGAUUGUCACUGGGGGACUGCACACAGGCAUAGGCCGGCAUGUGGGUGUGGCUGUGCGGGACCAUCAGACGGCCAGUACGGGAGGCAGCAAGGUGGUGGCCAUGGGUGUGGCGCCCUGGGGCGUGGUCCGGAACAGAGACACCCUCACCAACCCCAAGGGCUCCUUCCCUGCGAGGUACCGAUGGCACGGUGACCCUGAGGACGGGAUUGAGUUUCCCCUGGACUACAAUUAUUCCGCUUUCUUCCUGGUGGACGAUGGCACCCAAGGCCGCAUGGGUGGUGAGAACCGCUUCCGGCUGCGCUUUGAGUCCUACGUGGCCCAACAGAAGACUGGUGUAGGAGGGACUGGAAUCGACAUCCCUGUCCUCCUCCUCCUGAUUGAUGGUGAUGAAAAGAUGCUGAAGCGAAUAGAGGAUGCCACCCAGGCUCAGCUCCCUUGCCUCCUGGUGGCUGGCUCUGGGGGUGCUGCGGACUGCCUGGUGGAGACCUUGGAAGACACUCUGGCCCUGGGGAGCGGAGGAUCCAGACGAGGCGAAGCUAGAGACCGGGUUAAACGUUACUUCCCCAAAGGGGACCCUGAGGUCCUGCAGGCCCAGGUGGAGAGGAUCAUGACCCGGAAGGAGCUGCUGACAGUCUACUCAUCAGAAGAUGGCUCUGAGGAGUUCGAGACCAUUGUUCUGAGGGCCCUUGUGAAUGCCUGUGGAAGUUCUGAGGCCUCAGCUUACCUGGAUGAGCUCCGUUUGGCUGUGGCUUGGAACCGGGUGGACAUUGCCCAGAGUGAACUCUUCCGUGGAGAUAUCCAGUGGCGGUCCUUCCACCUGGAGGCCUCCCUCAUGGACGCCCUGCUCAAUGACCGGCCUGAGUUUGUGCGCUUGCUCAUCUCCCACGGCCUCAGCCUGGGCCACUUCCUGACCCCCAUGCGCCUGGCCCAGCUGUACAGCGCGGUGCCCUCCAACUCGCUCAUCCGCAGUCUGUUGGACCAGGCGUCCCACGGUGCGGGCACCAAAGCCUCACCUCCAAAAGACGCGGCCACUGAGCUCCGGCCGCCUAACGUGGGGCAAGUGCUCAGGACGCUGUUGGGGGAGACGUGUGCGCCGAGGUACCCUGCCAUGGACACCCGGGACCCUCACCCCAUCCAAGACUGCAGAGAAAACGCCCAUCUGCUCAAGGACUGGGCCAGCCUGCAGACGUCGCCGGAUGCUGGCAUUGGGCAGGCCCCCUGGAGCGACUUACUCAUCUGGGCUCUGCUUCUGAACAGAGCUCAGAUGGCCAUGUACUUUUGGGAAAAGAGCUCCAACUCUGUGGCCUCGGCUCUGGGCGCCUGUCUGCUGCUCAGGGUGAUGGCGCGCCUGGAAUGGGAGGCCGAGGAGGCGGCGCGGAGGAAGGACCUGGCAGCCAAGUUUGAGAGCAUGGCCGUGGACCUCUUUGGAGAGUGCUACCAUAACAAUGAGGACCGGGCAGCCCGCCUACUUCUCCGUCGCUGCCCCCUCUGGGGAGAGGCCACCUGCCUCCAGCUUGCCAUGCAGGCUGAUGCCCGUGCUUUCUUUGCCCAAGAUGGGGUACAGUCUCUGCUGACACAGAAGUGGUGGGGGGAGAUGGACAGUACGACACCCAUCUGGGCGCUGGUCCUCGCCUUCUUCUGCCCCCCACUCAUCUACACCAAUCUCCUCACCUUCAGGAGAUCAGAGGAAGAGUCUUCACUGAAGGACCCCGACUUGAACAUGGACAUCAAUGGGGAGGGGCCCAUAAGGCCGCAGGAGUCCCAGAUAAAGAUGCCCCUCACCAGACGCCGACGUCAUGGCCGCAUGGGCUGCUGUGGUGGCUGCUCCCAGCGCUGGUCACAUUUCUGGGGGGCGCCCGUGACUGCCUUCCUGGGCAACGUGGUCAGCUACCUGCUGUUCCUGCUGCUGUUUGCACGCGUGCUUCUCGUGGACUUCCAGCCCGCGGCACCGGGGCCCGCUGAGCUGCUGCUCUACUUCUGGGCCUUCACGCUGCUCUGUGAGGAGCUGCGCCAAGGCCUGGGGGGCGGCUGGGGGAGCCUGGCCAGCGGGGGACCCGGGCCCGGCCAGGCCCCACUGCGCCAUCGCCUGCACCUCUACCUCACUGACACCUGGAACCAGUGUGACCUGUUAGCUCUGGCCUGUUUCCUGCUGGGCGUGGGCUGCAGGCUGACUCCUAGCUUGUAUGACCUGGGCCGCACAGUCCUCUGCCUGGACUUCAUGAUCUUCACGCUGCGGCUGCUGCACAUCUUUACGGUGAACAAACAGCUGGGGCCCAAGAUUGUCAUCGUGAGCAAGAUGAUGAAGGAUGUGUUCUUCUUCCUCUUCUUCCUCGGUGUGUGGCUGGUGGCCUAUGGGGUGGCCACGGAGGGGCUCCUGAGGCCCCGGGACCGUGACCUUCCCAAUAUCCUGCGUCGGGUCUUCUACCGGCCCUACCUGCAGAUCUUUGGGCAGAUUCCCCAGGAGGACAUGGACGUGGCCCUCAUGGACCAUGGCAACUGCUCCUCGGAGCAGGGCUUCUGGGCGCUGCCCGCGGGUCGUGGGGCUGGCUCCUGCGUGUCCGCCUAUGCCAACUGGCUGGUGGUGCUGCUGCUCGUCGUCUUCCUGCUGGUCGCCAACAUCCUGCUGCUCAACCUGCUCAUCGCCAUGUUCAGCUACACCUUCAGCAAAGUACAAGGCAACAGCGACCUCUACUGGAAGGCGCAGCGCUACAGCCUCAUCCGGGAAUUCCACUCUCGGCCUGCCCUGGCCCCGCCUCUUAUCGUCAUCUCCCACGUGCGCCUCCUGAUCCGGCGCCUGCGCAGGCACCGCAGGGCUAACGUGCCCGCCUCCCCGGUGUUCGAGCAUUUCCGUGAGACUGGAGCUCGGCCUGCCAUGGGAGGGACUUGCGGAGGAAAGCUGGGCGUCUAUCUCUCCAAGGAGGCCGAGCGGAGGCUGCUGACGUGGGAGUCGGUGCACAAGGAGAACUUCCUGUUGGCACGGGCCAGGGACAAGCGGGACAGCGACUCUGAGCGUCUGAAGCGCACGUCUCAGAAGGUGGACACUGCGCUGAAGCAGCUGGGACAGGUCCGCGAGUAUGAACGGCGUCUGAAAGGGCUGGAGCGCGAGGUGCAACACUGUACUCGUGUCCUGGGUUGGGUAGCUGACGCCCUGAGCCGCUCUGCUUUGCUGCCUCCAGGGGGGGCCACCUCCCCCAAGCCCACCUGAGUCCAAAGACUGAGUGCUGCUAGCUGACUUCAAGGUGUCACUUCUGACAGGAGGUGUCCUCUGAGAGGGAGGCCCAGCCUUUCUCAGCCUGUCCACCUGUUGGUCUUGCCUGCCAUGAUUCUGUGAUGGUGGGUCCUUUCCCAACAACCUCAGACUGUACCAUAGGAGCCGCAGCAGGCCCGGCUUCCCCCAGAGCAAGCCCCACUCUGAGUGGAUGAAGCUCUGGGAGCCUGGCUGUUGGAGAGAAUCCUUAGGGGAACAGAGACCACAGACCCUAUUUCAAAGCUUCCCCAUACUGGGGAAAUAAAAUCACCUGAGAAGACUCA